AUGAAGGUCCUCGCUAUUCUCUACGACGGUGGCAAAGCUGCUGAAGAAGAGCCUCGUCUCCUCGGUACUACCGAGAACAAGUUGGGCAUCAAGGAUUGGCUCGAAUCCCUUGGGCAUGAGCUUGUCGCGGUCCACCCUGCUAGCACACAGCGAGCGAUUAUCCAGGUAUCCAGCAGCAAGGAAGGCCCCGAUAGCGACUUUCAAAAGCACAUCGUCGACGCUGAAGUAUUGAUUACCACCCCGUUCCAUCCUGGGUACCUGACCCGGGAACUCAUUGAGAAGGCUAAAAACCUGAAGUUGUGCAUCACUGCUGGAGUUGGUUCCGAUCACAUCGACUUGAACGCCGCUGUCGACCAUCGUAUUCAAGUAUUGGAGGUCUCUGGCUCCAAUGUAGUAUCUGUCGCCGAGCAUGUCGUUAUGAGUAUCCUCUUGCUCGUCCGCAACUUUGUUCCUGCUCACGAGAUGAUUGAGCGUGGUGAUUGGGAAGUAGCUCGUAUUGCACGAAACGCUUUCGACCUGGAAGGCAAGGUCGUUGGAACCAUUGGUGCUGGCCGAAUUGGAUAUCGUGUCCUUCAGCGACUCUUACCCUUCGACUGCAAGGAGCUUUUGUACUAUGACUAUGCUCCUCUUCCUCCUGCUGCCGCUGAGGCCGUCAAGACCCGCCGUGUCGAGGAUCUCAAGGACUUCGUCUCCCAAUGCGACGUGAUCACUGUCAACUGCCCCUUGCACGAAGGAACUCGUGGCCUCGUCAACGCGGACCUCCUCAAACACUUCAAGAAGGGUGCUUGGCUCGUCAACACUGCUCGCGGUGCCAUCUGUGACAAGGAUGCCGUUGCUGAAGCCCUCAAAUCCGGACAACUCUCCGGCUACGCAGGCGAUGUGUGGGACGUCCAGCCAGCUCCCAAGGAUCACGUCUGGCGUACCGCCAAGAACCCGCUUGGAGGAGGAAACGGCAUGGUUCCUCACUACUCAGGUACGACUUUGGAUGCGCAGGCCAGGUAUGCGAAUGGCGCGAAGCAGAUUUUGGAGAACUAUCUCAAUGGGAAGGCGCAAGACCCCCAGAACAUCAUCGUCGGUCUUGGUCGCUACGAGACCACAGCUUAUGGCCAACGCGACAAGAAAUGAAAGGGGAUGGCCCUCGGAUGAUUAAAUUGAACACAGACCCGUCUUGUCCUUGUAAAUAUUAUACCAAGAUGUA